GCGCGGUCACAUUGGUAAUAGCAAAUGUGAUUUCUUAAGUUCCCUUAAAUGGAUUUUACACAAUAAAAACUAGGAAUUAAGCAAAGUUAGUGCGAAACCAUAAUGCCGCCUACGAUUAACAAUUCGGCGGUUAACAGUGCCGCCGAAAAACGACCCCAGCGGCAAACAGAGCGCAAAUCGGAGAUCAUUUGCCGCGUUAAAUAUGGAAACACCCUGCCGGACAUACCCUUUGACUUGAAGUUCCUGCAAUAUCCCUUUGACAGCCACCGCUUCGUGCAGUACAAUCCCACGUCGCUGGAACGGAACUUCAAGUACGACGUGCUGACGGAGCACGAUUUGGGAGUCACGGUGGACCUGAUCAACCGGGAGCUCUAUCAGGCCGACUCCAUGACCCUGCUGGACCCCGCCGAUGAAAAACUACUGGAAGAGGAGACCUUGACACCCACGGACUCUGUGCGUUCCCGACAGCACUCUAGAACAGUGUCCUGGCUGCGCAAAUCCGAGUACAUCUCCACGGAGCAGACGCGCUUCCAGCCCCAGAACCUGGAGAACAUCGAGGCGAAGGUGGGCUACAACGUCAAAAAGUCGCUCAGAGAGGAGACACUCUAUCUGGACCGCGAUGCCCAGAUUAAGGCCAUCGAGAAGACCUUUAGCGACACCAAGAGCGAAAUCACCAAGCACUACUCCAAACCCAACGUGGUGCCAGUGGAGGUGCUGCCUAUAUUCCCCGACUUCACCAACUGGAAAUACCCCUGCGCCCAGGUCAUCUUCGACAGCGAUCCGGCACCCGUGGGCAAGAAUGUGCCCGCCCAGCUGGAGGAGAUGUCGCAGGCUAUGAUUCGUGGUGUGAUGGACGAGAGCGGCGAACAAUUUGUCGCCUACUUCCUGCCUACGGAGCAGACGCUGGAGAAGCGUCGCACCGACUUUGUCGCCGGAGAGCUGUAUAAGGAGGAGGAGGAGUACGAGUAUAAGAUUGCCCGAGAGUACAACUGGAACGUGAAGACCAAGGCUUCCAAGGGCUACGAGGAGAACUACUUCUUUGUGAUGCGGCAGGACGGCAUCUACUACAACGAGCUGGAGACGCGUGUGCGCCUCAACAAGCGUCGAGUGAAGGUCGGCCAACAACCCAACAAUACCAAGCUGGUUGUCAAGCAUCGUCCUUUGGACGGCAUGGAACAUCGCAUGCAGCGCUAUCGCGAGCGCCAGCUAGAGGUUCCUGGCGAGGAAGAGGAGGUUGAGGAGGAAUUGGAAGAGGAAGAGGAGCAGACCCAGGUUAUAGGCGUGACGGAGAAGACGGUCGAGAGUGCUUCCGGCGGUACACAGGCAGCAGAUGGUGGGGAUUCACCCGCCCAAGUAGCCCGCGAUCGCAAGUCCCGGUCUCGAACUCGCAGUCGUAGCGGAUCCAGUUCGGGAUCGGGCUCAGGCUCCAGAUCUCGGGCCAGCAGCCGCUCAAAGUCUGGCUCUCGAUCAGGUAGUGGUUCCCGAUCACGCUCCAAUUCGCCGGCAGGAUCCAAGAAGUCCGGAUCAAGAUCAAGAUCGGGUUCACGUUCCAGGUCCCGGUCAAAGUCCGGCUCGCGCUCUCGUUCUCGUUCUCGCUCCAAGUCCGGCUCUCGAUCCCGUUCGGGAUCCAGGUCUGGCUCUGGAUCUCGAUCGCCCAGCCGUUCGCGCAGUGGCUCACCCACUGGAUCCGGAUCCAGUUCUGGGAGCGGUUCGGAUGAAUAGAUAAGUUUAAAAGACCGUUUCAUGUUAAACAAGAUUGUAAUCAAACAAUGAAGGGUGUACUUUUAAAUAAUCACUAAUAACUGGAUACAAAUAUAAUUUUAGAACAUAAACUAAUUUUCAAGAUCUUUAAUAAGUAAAUUUGGAGUUUCCAAAAAACA